AUGCAGAGUUCCACAGGAAUCAAGAUGACUAACUGCUUACACAGUCAGAAAAAUGCCACAUUGUGUAAGACUGAUGAGGUGUGGUGGGGCGGGGUGACCCGAAGUGCCUCCUCCCGCUCAGGGCCUGGGAUGUAUAUAAAAUUCAUGGGCUGCAGGGAGCAGGCAGAGACGAGAAGAAGACCUACAAGGAUGGAAGGACAGAUGAGAAGAUUUGCCAGCAUCGGACUGCUUUUGCUGUUGGUCCUUAUGGGGCUUCAUCAAGGAUCAUCUGCACCAGCACUAGCAUGCGGUCGUCAAAAUCCCGUCACCCGGAUGGCGGGCGGAACGAAUGCCAAGCGUAGCGAGUGGCCGUGGCAAGUCAGCCUCCAGCAUAAAGGGAAGCCCUUCUGUGGGGGCAGCCUCAUCAACGAUCAGUGGGUCCUGACGGCUGCCCACUGCUUUUUUGAGCUUUCAAAUGAAAUCUGCCCUGCAGAUUGGACUGUGACACUGGGACGGGUGAAACUGACUGGUGGGCAGAUGAAAGGGUUGGAGCUCAAUAUCUCCAAGAUCAUCCCCCAUGAGGACUACGUCGACUUCCUGAAAGGGCACGACAUUGCUCUGGUGCGCCUCGCUGAGCCCGUCCGCUACAGCCGUGACAUCUCGCCCAUCUGCCUGCCUUACGCCAACCACCAGUUCGCCUUUGGGACGCAGUGCUGGCUGAGCGGCUGGGGAGACAUCGCCACGGAUGUCACCCUGCCGAACCCCAUGACCCUCCAGGAGAUGCCCAUGGACCUCCUGACCAUCGACACCUGCAAUUGCAUUUACAGCAACCUACGAAACAGGAGAAUUGUCAACCCUGCCCUGCCUGGCAUGGUCUGUGCCUUGACUCCCAGCCGCGAGAGAGGGCCUUGCAAGGGUGAUUCAGGGGGCCCUCUGGUUUGCCUGGAGAACGGCCAAUGGUUCCAGGCAGGGAUUAUGAGCUUCGCCAUGGGCUGUGGCCAGUUCUACGGACCCACCAUCCUGACCGAGACAAAAUCUUACACCGGCUGGAUCCAGCGUCACGUCAAAGACGCCGCCUUCGCCGAUCAAAUUGGGCCCCGGCCCAGCACCACCGACAAGGACAUAUGCACAGGAUGUGGGGUGAUGAAGCAGGACGCGGCUGGCCAUGGGGCUGACGGCCUUUGGCCUUGGUACGUGAGCCUGCGGUACGAGGGCAAGCAUGUCUGCGGAGGCACCUUAAUCGCGGAGGACUGGAUUGUGACCGCUGCACAGUGCUUCAUUGGGCGCCAGGAAACUGAGGGCUGGGAGGUGCUGCUGGGUGAGCAGCUGGAACGAGGGGAACAAAAAUGGAAAGAGAACAGAACACUCCAGAGGAUCAUCCUUCACGGCGCCUACGUCAACAUGACGGAGGGUUACGACAUCGCCAUGGCGAAGCUGGCCCGCCCCGUGGUGUUUGGCGACAACAUCCAUACCAUCUGCACCCCAUACUCCACCCACAAACUCCCGUUUGGCUCCACCUGUUGGACCCGUGGACGGAGGAUUGGUAGGUUGGCGAGAGGGAGGAGGAGGAGGAGGAGGAGGAGUCCUCUGCGUGGCGUGGAGGUAAAACUCGUCAGCUCCAAGAACUGUAACUGCACGUAUGACAAGAUCAGCAAUCCUGGGAGUGAGAUCCCCAUCACCUCUCAGAUGGUGUGUGCCACACCCUCUAAAAGCACCAUGCGCUGUGAGGAAGGCAUCGGGGAGCCCCUCGUUUGCAACCAUCAUGGGAAGUGGUUCUUGGCAGGCAUCGCCAGCUUUGGAAAGGGCUGCGGGACCUUGGUCCGUCCAGGAGUUUACACAGAAGUCAGUUCCUAUGAGGAGUGGAUCAUACCCCUUGCCUGGUCUGCUUAUUAUGGCGUGCAAGAGCCUCCCCUUCCGGUGCUCAGAGAAGAAGACAGCUGCCGGAAUGCGGCGCUCCCAGGAGCCUGGCAGCUGGAGUAA